AUGCUGCUAUGUGGCAUUAUCGACGAACUGGAGGCAACAAUUGACAACUCUACGCUCUGGUCUUUUUUCUUCUGUCAAACUAGCGACUCGCGGAUUAAUAACGCUACCGCCGUCCUUCGCAGUCUUGUCCAUCAGUUAGUUGACCAGCAACUGUCCCUCAUCUCACAUGUACAGGAGUCUUCCGAAGCUGGUCGCCAAAGCCCUUACAGAGGCAACGGUGUGCGAGCGGCAAGGGUUGAUGGGGGCACCAGCCAAGAACAAAAUGAAAACUCAAGCGCACCAUUGGCACGGAAUACCCCUGCCAGCGAACAGCAGACCGCUGAUGCGUCCAUUCCCGGGACCCAACAAAGCACAAACUGGCCCACUACAGAGGAAGGUACCCCGGGAGAAAGGGAGAGAGGAGGCGGCCCUCAAGUCUAUUCACCCACUGCUUCGCAGGAGUGGAGCGAGACGGAAGGAACUCCCACGUCCCACUCUACAUUCCGACCCAUGACAUAG